AUGAGUGGUUACGAUAGAGCACUGUCGAUUUUCUCACCCGAUGGACAUAUUUUUCAGGUAGAGUACGCCCUGGAGGCUGUCAAGAGAGGAACAUGUGCGGUUGGAAUCAAAGGAACAGACUGUGUGGUAGUCGGUUGCGAAAGGAGAUCUACUUUGAAGUUACAGGACCCUCGUAUCACACCGUCGAAGAUCUCUAAAAUCGACGCCCAUGUAGUGCUCUCGUUUGCUGGACUGAAUGCUGACAGUCGAAUUCUUAUCGAAAAGGCCCGUGUGGAGGCACAGUCGCACAGACUCACACUGGAAGACCCCAUCUCUGUCGAUUACUUGACAAGAUACGUGGCUGGAGUACAACAGAAAUACACGCAAUCCGGUGGUGUGCGUCCGUUUGGUGUGUCGACACUAAUUGCAGGAUUCGACGCCAACGACAACACGCCGAAGCUGUAUCAGACAGAGCCCAGCGGGAUUUACUCUGCGUGGAGCGCUCAGGCCAUUGGCAGAAACAGUAAGACGGUACGCGAGUUUCUCGAGAAGAACUACGUGAAAAACGAGCCUCCAGCAACCGAAAAAGACUGUGUCAAACUGACCGUGAAGGCAUUGUUAGAAGUGGUGCAGACGGGUGCGAAGAACAUCGAAAUCACCGUGGUGCGUCCAGGGUCGCAGAUUGUCAACCUUUCAAGCGACGACAUCGGUCAGUACGUAGACGAAAUCGAGCAGGAGAAACAGCAGGAGCUGGAAAAGAAGAAGAAGAAACGCGGCGAGAACUAG